AGCUGGGCAGCAUUGCAAAAUUAAUCUGCUACAGCAAAAAUUAAGUGAAAAAAUUGAUCUAAAACAAAAAUUAAUGGCACAUAAGCGUUUGUUCAUCUACGCUGCAUUACUGGCGAUAUGUUAUUUAAUUGGCGUGACAUGGGCUGAGACUGCGACACAACCGCUGGUGCACAGCAAUACCAGCAUCAGUGAAGCAAAUGCGCCGGCAGAUGCCAAAGCGGUCACUCCAGCACCGUCUUUCGCAUCAAAGGUCAUCGGAAGUACGACGGCUACCACAGCCACAAAAAAUGGGACCGCAGCAGCUACGCCGGAGUGUGAAUGCGCGGGCGCCUUGCUGCCGCGUGUGGAUGGCAAUGGCAAGGAGCUUCCAAUAUGUCCCGAAUGUAAAUGUUCGCACGUAGCACGCAACACCACUCUGAUAAAGGUCGUUGUCAUUAUUGUGAUUUGGAUCAUAUCCAUUUUAGUAAUAUAUAUGCUGUUCCUGAUGUGUUUGGACCCAUUGCUGAAUAAACGCGUCAAAGCCAAUUAUCAGGAGCACACCAAUGAAGAUGACGAACCUUCGCCACCAAUGCCAUCGGGGUCAAACAAUCAGGAACUGAGCGCUCGUGCCAAUGUCUUGAACCGUGUCGGCCACCAGCAGGAUAAAUGGAAGAGACAAGUGCGCGAACAACGGCGUCACAUCUACGAUCGCCACACCAUGCUGAAUUGAACAAAAACGGAAUGGGGGCCUGGCGGGCGACUUAAGCAAAGCAAAAUGUAUUCCAACAAUUCUUCUAUGUUAUCAAUGUAUCUGUAUACCCUUUCUCAUUAUUUGUAUAAUUUAUAUCCUUAACUGCUGGAGAAGACAAAUGCGAUUGCCUCGGCUUAAAAGAUAGUAACUACCGGUGACCAAAAAAUAUUUUUGGUAAACACAAAAUGUAUUUUUACUUUUAGUCCAAAUUGUAAUUUAAAUAAAAAAUUUAAACAAA